UGUCAAGAAAUGGGAAUUCGGCGCCAAACGAACAAAACCCAAAGAGCGCUAACAAAACCUCACUCCCCGUUAAAAAUUUCAAAUUGAUCGAUUGAGAGAGAGGGAGAGAGAGAGAUGGAGUUCAGUAUCAGUGGCAACGCGCUCAAGACCUUCUCUCGCUCAAUCGGGUGUCUCGCACGAGUCGGCAACGAGCUCGUCGUCCAGGGUUCUCCUCACCAGUUAGCGUUGCAUACUCUGAAUGCCUCCCGUUCUGCAUAUCAGUCUAUUACAUUCAAAUCGAGUUUCUUUGAUGCAUAUACUAUUUCUGGUCCUCAAGCGCAGUUCAGCGUGCUUGUGAAGGCUGUUUGUUCUGUUCUGAGGACCCCCAUUGCAAGCAUUGAUCAUUUGAGUGUUCAGUUGCCAGAUAACGAUGCAUCAAAGGUGCAAUGGACACUGGAGUGCUAUAGUGGUACAAAGAAAACAUAUUGGAUUACUUGCAAUAUUGAACCUGAUAUACAGCAUCUAUCUCUUGAUAGGGGAAGAUUUCCUAGUAGCUUGGUAGUGCAACCCCGGAAUAUGAACAAAUUGCUUGGAAACUUCCAAUCAUCCCUCCAAGAGAUUACAAUUAUUGCAACGGACCCCAACUCCCUGCCUUCUGAUGCUGCAAGUGAAAUAGGGGGAAAGGCUGUUGAAUUUAAGAGUUACGUAGAUCCAACAAAAGAUAGUGAUUCUUUGUUACAUACCCAGCUCUGGAUAGAUCCAUCAGAAGAAUUUCUGCAGUAUAUUCAUGCUGGAGAUCCUGUGGACGUUACAUUUUCCAUGAAGGAAUCAAAGGCAUUUCUUACUUUCUGCGACGGAUGUGAAGCCGAUAUGCAUCUAUUUUUCGAAAAAGCGGGCGAGCCAAUAUUAAUGGCUCCAAAAUUCGGUUUGGACAGUGGGUCAAGCUCGAACUUUGAUGCGACACUCGUUCUUGCCACUAUGCUCGUUUCUCAGCUACAGGAAAGUGUUCCAUCAGACCUUCCACAGGCAGCUAACUCCACAGGUGGCCAUACUGCAGAACGAGUGGAGUCAGAGCCACAAGAGAGGUCUAGACAAAAUGUCUCUGAGCACCCGUCUGAUCACACAAGAAUUUGGUCUGAACUUUCAGGAACCGCUACUAAGAGCAGUACUGAUUCAGCGAAUAGGCCACAAGCUCAGGAACAGCCAGGCUUGGAUGUCCAAAGAAUUAGGGCAAUGCAAAUAUCAAAAGAAGGACCAGCUAGAGAUGAGGCUCCUGUAGCUUCUAAGUUCGUCAGCCAACAGUACCGAGAGAUGGAUAACGCUAAAGGGACCCAAGGAGGAGGGGCUGAGAACAACGGCAAUUGUUUCUCCCAGCGUCAUCCGAGUAAUUGGGUAGAUGCAUAUGAGGAUGAAGACGACAACGAUGGCGAUGAAAAUGAAAUGUGCAUCCAGGCAACACCACCCUACUAUGAAGAUCACUAGCUCUAGUUCUCUCCUUUAACACUCUAAGUAUUUCAACUGAAAAGGGUGGUAACUGAGUUGGCCAUCAAUGGGUUGCUGGUUCCGAAGGAUUUCAAUGGUCCCAAGACGAUCACAACAUAAAGAAAGAUCAUGCAAAACAUGUAAGUAAAGAAAAGCAUUACGACUCUGCUUUAUUCCCUUUCAUAUGUAUAUGAAAGAUCCUGCGGAUAUUGUGGUAAAACGUCUCUUUCUAGGGAAGCAAAAGGUAAAAGCUUUGCAUA